AUGUCAGAUUCAAAUCAACUCCCACCAAAUAUUGUGACAAAUAGAUCUGUUGGAUACUACGACAGCACUAUACCUUUGAAAAUUUAUAACACAACCAUAGAUCUAGACAAAGAUUGUUCUCCAAAUGAUAUUGUAAUUCGAGUUAAAGCUGCAGCUUUGAAUCCAGUAGAUUUGGUUUUAUACAAAAUUUCGUCACCAAUUCCAAUUUUGAAUAGGUUUACUGGUAAUAAUGACAAGUUAAAUACCUUUGGGUUUGAUUAUGCCGGUGAAAUUAUUAAAGUCGGAUCUGAUCAAUUGAAACUUCAAAAAUGGCAAGUUGGAGAUCUUGUACAUGGUCUCUUAAGAGCUACUCCAUUUGAAAAGGGGAAAGCAGGUAGUUUAACCUAUUACUUGAUUUUGGAUCCAACAAAUAAUACUGGGAUGGGAAAAUUUUCCAUAUUACCAAGAGAAAUUUCUCAAACUUUGGAAUAUAAUGACAAAUUUGUCAUUGCAGCCUCUUGGCAAUUGGUCUUUCAAACUGCUUAUUUAGUGCUUCACGGUCAUGGCCAAGUGCCAUCAAUCUUGAAUGAUAAAGACUCUAGCAUUUUAGUUUUGGGUGCUGCUACAGCUGUAGGUGAUGCUUUAGUUCAAAUAGCCAAGAAUGUAUUAAAAAUUCCCAAAGUAAUUGGUACUUGUUCAUCAAACUCUAUAAAGAACAGAGACAAAUUGAUUCAUCCAGGGUUCGAUUAUUUGAUCCCAUAUGAUGAUCCAAAUAUGCCUACCAGAGAUCAUAUUUUGAAAUAUAUCAAAGACAACAAUAACGAGAAAUUUGAUUUGAUUGCUGAUUGUGUAGGGUCAUCCGAUGUGGUGGAUAUCCCUUACCAAGUUCUAAGGGAUCCUAAGACAUCUGUCUAUUCUACACUUGCCGGUGACAAAAAGAUAAAAUACGGUCAAGCUGGCAAAUUUGACAUGUUACAAUGGAGAACAAUCUUAAGAUUGUUAACCAGAAGAAAAAUCUUCAACAAUUACCCAUACUGUUUUAAUGUUGUCAAGGGUAAACUUGAAGCAGUAGAAUUAGCUAACAAGAUGAUAUCUGAAGGAACAUAUAUACCUAAAAUCGAUUCCGUUUAUUCUUUCGACAAUUUCGAGGCAGCAGUGGCAAGACUGACUUCUAACAAGGCUAAGGGUAAAGUUGUGGUCACCAUGGACUAA